UAUUUAUAGUGUUUGAAAUUCGUCACUGGGUGUGAUGGAUCUUUCACAGAUAUAGGACUCCACUUUCCACUUGUAAUACUAGGUUCAUAAUUUAGAACAUCGUGAUAUUUUGAAUGUAAUUCAUGUUUGACUGACUUCACUGAAUCACGGAUAUUUAAACUAGAUAUCCAGCCCUUUUUGUGUGUGUGGUUUCUCUGUAGCCCAGAGUCGUAUGCCAUUACCUGGUGACAGUGAUGAAGAAGCUUUGCUAAAGAUGACCAAAGGUCAAUAAUUAAUGAACUUGUCCUUUUUUAGGUGAAUCACGGUGAUUGAUUGAUUGCCCAGUCACCUAAGUGCAAUUGCACUGGUCGUUUUUGAACAAGUAGGAGUGCUGAAGACCGUUAUUGUCAAUGAAAUGCAAUUUGAUAGAAAGCAAUCUGUAAAAACUUUAAAACCCCAGCUGGACUUGAACCCAUGAUCUACAGUUCAGCAGUCAAUGUGCUAACCUACUGUCAAGCUACUCAGCUACAUGUAGUGUGCUUAGAAGAACUGGAAUGAUGAGGACAAAUGUGACCUUCACCUCUGUCUGUCUCCUGUUUAUGGGUCAUGUUGUCCACUCACAUGCAAAUGGCAAAUUUUCGCAGGAUUCAGACUGUGGCAAGACCAAAGGUUGCUAUAGUGACUGUGCGGAGGGCUGUACCUAUGAGGUGGCAUGGCAAGACAUGGGGACCUCAGUGACCUUCACCAUCACGUUCGACUUGGGGACCAAUACAGCAUGGUGGGCUGCUAUUGGACUGUCUCAGGAUACAAAGAUGGGCGGUGAUGAAGUUGUGGCAUGUCAUAAUGAAAAUGGCGUAAGAGCCUACAGAUCAGAAAACAUCGGAAGAAGCAACUCACCAAGUGCACUGCCAGGUCUGCAGCAGACCCAGGGCUCAGUCACAGGCAGCAUCCUGACUUGCUCUUUUGUUCUGCAGAAAGCAGAUUUCACUCUCGAGGCAGAUUCCUAUCUUUUCUUUGCCAAUGGAGCUCUCAAUGGCAAUGAUAAGCGCAUGCACUCCAAAAUUCCGCAGAUUUCCCCAAGUGUUGUGGACUUUCAGUCUGUGCAGAUCAUUGGAGGGACAGCUAUAGAAGUUAUGAUUAAGGUUCAUGGUCUGUUGAUGAUAGCUGCUUGGAUUAUGUGCGCCAGCAUUGGGGUGGUAAUGGCCAGAUAUUAUAAACCUAUGUGGGCAGACAGAAAGCUUCUGGGUGAGAAGGUGUGGUUUCAGAUACAUCGCAUUUUGAUGAUCCUGACUCUGUUGUGUGUGGUGGCUGCCUUCGUUGUUAUAUUUGUACAUGUAGAAGGAUGGAGCCAGAUUUCGGAGGACGACGACUACAAGAAAGCCCACCCUUACCUCGGAGUCGUUGUCACUGCUCUUACCAUUAUGAAUCCCUUAAUGGCACUAUUCCGUCCCCACCCAGAGGACAAGAACAGGGUUAUCUUUAACUGGGCCCACUGGCUUGUUGGAACGUGCGCUCGGAUACUGGCAGUGAUCACAGUUUUCAUUGGAGUCACUUUGUCAAAGUCAGGUGCACCCGAUUACGUUAUCUACAUCCUGGGGGCAUAUGCUGCGUACCAGCUAUUUAUAGAACUGGUUCUGGAGUUCCAUGAAUGCUGUGUUGUCGGAGCAAAUAAAGGUAAGGGCUCUGCCUAUGAAAUGAAAGGCAUCACAGACCCUGACUCCAGACCUGCUCAGGCUGUCCCCACGGGGGAAACAUUCAAAACAGUUGUUCUUGGAUUGCAUGCACUGGUGAUUGUAGGGUUUACAUCUGCAAUUAUGAUCACUGUGGGUAUAAAUUAAUUCAAGAAGAAGUGGAGAACAAUAAAGCUGUCAAGUGAAGUCUACGCAAAUGUUGGAUAUGUGAUCUACAUAAGCCCACCAUGCUGUAUGCAAACAUUGGUGGAAAACUAAUGCAGAACAAAAAGUGCAUUGUACUUUAUAUUUUUGAUAUGAAUUUGUGAAGACUGUAGUUAAUGCUGGAUAUUUUAAAUUAACAUCAACAUUAACUUUUUAAAGAACUUUUUGGAUGAACUUUUGGAAGAAUUAGUGCAUUUGUACUACAUGUAUGUGGAGGAAUAAGCUGUACUGCAGAAGUACAGUGUACAUUUUUGUUUAUUGUUGAUUUUUAGAUAUAUGCUCAAUGUAAUUAUCAAUACUGGGUAUUUUGAAUUGAGAUCUCUCUUAUAUUUCAUUGGAUGUUCAUGCAUUUCAUUUCCUUCUUGUCCUUUUUUUUUUUUUACCAGAAAUUUUGAGGGAGGUGGUAUUGUGUAACUGAUAUGUCCUUAUUUACCUAAUUACGCAGUUAAUGUGUUCAUAGAAAUUUUUACAGGGACUUCUUGAAUUACAUGUACCAAAAUUUUGAAAUUUCAACACUCAUAUCAGAAAAUUCUAUUACACUGCAUCAACUGCUUUUUCAAAGUCUCUAAGUAAAAUUAAUCCAGAGAUAUUUUUAACAUACAUAUAAUUCAUAAUAUCACCAAUUAAUCUUUAUUUGCUGCAAUAUAUUUCACCCUUUAAUUAUAUAAAACCCUAUUGGUCUCCUUGUAUAAGUAACAGUAUAAGGUAGAUUUUAUUCUGUGUGCAAUACACCCUGAGGUAAUUUUGUAAUGGCUCACGAGCUGUUCUUCUACAAGUCACCCAGUCCUUAGUUUCUUUGUCUCUGUCUCCUUUUUAUGAACACAUUUUUCAUUUUGACUGCAUUCAAAAUUAACUACCUGGAGAACUGUUUGAACUUUGUGAGCUAUCGUAAUUUUCAAAUGGCUGACUGAGCUAUUUUUGACUUUUCUCUGUAUUGUAAAUUACAUGGAUCUUGUUAUGUUUGUUUACUCAAGAUAUGAUCCCAAGGUAUUGCAACCAUAACAUUUUCUACUUGGUCAAGGUGUCUCUUCUUUUAAUGAUUAGAUCCAUUGAGGUGAAAGAGAAUUUCUGAGAUUCAGUUUUAGCCUUUUUUUUUCUGAUGACAUGUACCAUAUUUCUUGUCCAUUGUCAGGUAAAAAAAUAUGUUUAUGCAAAAAAAAAAAAAAACAACCAAAAAACUUUCAGAUAAUAUGUCCCGAUACUAGGAAUUUACGUGUAGAAUUUUCCAUGCUUUUAAGAAUUUAUAUAUACAGUAUUUAUUUACUUAAGUGUUGUGUUUUUUUAAAAUGUGCAUAAUUUAUUUGAUAUUACUAAUGUGUAGUCUCUUUACAUUAGAUGGUUGUAUCGUAAUCAUAUUAUCCUCGGUCACUCUUUGAUUAUAUUGUUUUAUGUCUGAAAAUUUCAGUAGCUGUUUCUUAUUAUACAUUCUGUAUGUACAUCAUAUUUAUCACUUCUGCACCAAUUCUGUAUUUGUAUGAGCAGAAAAAUUGUAUGGUAUUUUUUUUUUUACCAAAACGCUUUAAAAUAUUACUCAAUCUGUAGAAAAUGUACGAUUAAAUUUGUAUACAGAGUAAUUUGUAUUUGAAUGUUGAUAUUAUAUUAGAUUCUAUUAAAUAUUAUGUAAAAAGUGCA